GUGCACUUUUCAAAAAAAUCACUUGAGUUGUGGAAAAAUAAUUCAUCCGGCCACUCAUGAAAAUUCUGACUGUCGACUGUCUCGAAAUCUCUGCAACAGUGUUACAUGUAUUUGCUUCAGUGUGAACUUUGAAGACGUGACAUGCAAUGACCGGCAUGAGUGGAUGUGAUGACGACAAUGUUGCGGGUUGUACGAGGCAAUUUCCUUAGAUCUGCUGUGUUCUUGCCAGGACGAUUUUCCUCCCAGUUCACCAAGUUCACUUCAGGUGAUCAAGCUGUGUCGGAUGUAGUAAGUCAUCUGAACGAGAUUCUUGAGGACCCGUCCAAGAAAUCAGACUUUGCUGGUGUGAACAGGGCCUUUGCGUACUGCUUCAAUAAAAGCAAUGUAGCCAAGCGCAACAAAGCUCUCAGUGCUGUCCAGCCGCUACUACCUCGUCUUAUUGCUGAGCGGCCUGCUGAGGAGAUUGCGGACCUUGUGAGCGGCUUGGUAACUGGCCACAGCACCACCUUUCAGCCGCGAGCAAACCUUGCUGGCAAAGCAUGUCACCAGCUGCUGUUGGCUGCGGAGGAGACUGGCAUGUCUCUUGCACCCAGUAUUGCUGCGUCACUCUUCUUGUCUAUGUCUAUUCUGCGUGGCAAGAAUAAUGUGCUGGAGGCAUUGCUGAAGCAUGCUCUGAUGAAUACUGACGAGCUCCGCACCCAGGAUGUUAUCAACUUACUGCGAGGUGCAAUGCUGUGGGAGGAUGUGCCGCGUGACUUAAAGAAGCGUAUCUCCCACAGGUCUGUUGUAAUGAAUGUCGAGGAGCUGAGUAAUGAGAGUGUUUCACAGCUCGCCGGGUGUAUGAUACGUCUGAAGAUCAACCCGCAACACUGGAUUGAAGGGCUGGAAGAUUUUGUCAGAGUGAAUGCUAUGCGUCUCAGUGAGACUGCUGAUGGUCUCGCUCUUCUCAGUAAGGUUGUGUUCACAAUCUGCAACAAUGCCGUGGCACUUCCAGAGGUGCUGGAAACAGUGAAUCAUGCUUUGAACACGCUAAAGUCAUCGUUGACUGGUAGCUCAGCGUGGGUGCAUUUGAUUUGGUGCUGCGCCUUGGAGGAUAUGUACCCUGUAAAGUCUCUCCAGACCUUGUUCAGUAUGGAUGCGGAAGAUCUACGCAGGCUGGCAGGUAACAAGACCGUGGUAAAGUUCUUGAAUGAUUUGCACUGGCUAUUCGUCGAUGGGAAAUUGGAAUCAUCCAUUGUGGGUGGCUUUCCCGAGGAACAGUAUACCAUCUUGUUGAACAACUUCAAUGCGAUUCAUCCACCACGGCGGUUUGUCGAAGACUGGCGCACCCGUUUCAAAGGUGCCCACUGCUGCCUAUUUGAUGUGCGUACAAGGGAGAACUAUACACUGGAUGUUGCUGUCCUGCGCAGUACGAUCGACUUUGACUUUUUGCGCUGGGAUGACCAUCAGCUGCACCCAGCUGAAGUGACGGCUCGCAAAAUGGAUCGCCGACGCUAUUGCUCAGCACAAGCUGUCCUAAUAUUAGAGUCUUCCUCUUUCAUCCAGCAGUCCUUCUUUCCGCUGGGAUGGGUUCGCAUGCAGAAGAAGGUGCUGGAAAGCGCUGGCUGGGAUGUAUCUGUUAUACCGAAAAUACUUCUCAAGCGCUCGGGUGCGGAUGGACCAACAGUGGCACUGAAGGACCGCCUGGAUGACAUUCAUGAGAACAAUGUCUUGCAUUGCCAUGGGCGCAAGAAAUCUGUAUACAUACCUCGUGAUACUGAGGAGAACUUCUUGGAGCCAAAGGUCCAUAAGCCCAGUGCUGCUAAAAUGCGCUAUAUGAAGCUCAUGGCAGCCAGGGCUCGGAAAUUGAACUCUCGUCAGCAAAUCACAUCCGGUCCAAAGGUUCGAGAGCCUUGAUCGCUACUGCUCCUCCAGCUUGAGACAUUUGGAUGUGCGUAUGGGUACGUGCAGGUUUGUGCGUGCGUAUGUGUGUGUGUGUGUGUGUGUGUGUGUGUGUGUGUGUGUGUGUGUGUGUGUGUGUGUGUGUGUUGACACGCACUUGCACGGGUGUGUUGACGUGCGUGCGUGAGCACUCAGUUGAAUGAGUGUAUCUGCUGGAACAAGUUUUUUUCUUCCUUCAAAAACUCCUUACGCUUCACGGUGCUACUCCACGAAUUGUAAUGUAUAUUUUCAUCUGAUAAAGAAAAACUUGAAAACUGAAUGAAGUUUCAGUAUGAGAUGUGA